AUGAAAAGCGUCCUAGUUACUGGCUCCGAUAGCGGACUAGGACUAUCCCUUUGCAAGGAGCUCAUCAAGAGGGGCUUCUUUGUCAUCGCAUCCUGUAAGAGCAAAAAAGGACUGAACAAGAUCAAGAGAGUCUUGGAAAUAAGCGAAUUUGACCAGGAAGAUGUUGAUAUAGCGGAGGAAUUAGCCGCUGAACGUGAGCCGAGGAAAGGAAUAUCCAUUCUUUUGGACGUAACAAGCGAUGCGUCCGUAGAGAAUGCGGCUAGAGUAGUCUCUGAUGGUAUAAAGAGUGGGAAGGCCCCAAAUCUGCAUGCACUUGUCAAUAAUGCAGGAAUAUGGCGAUUCUCUUUGAUAGAGGAGUCCUGUUUAAGCGUCGAAUCUCGAUUGCGAGAACUGGAACGCUGGAAGUUGAUAAUGGAGACGAAUUUGAUUGGACCAGUGAGGGUAACUUUAGGAUUUCUUCCAGUUUUGAAAAUGUCAAAGGGAUCUCGAAUUAUCUUUGUUUCAAGUGUUUUGGAUAGAAUCGCAAUGCCAGGCCAAUCGAGCUAUAUCUCCUCAAAGUAUGCCCUGAGGGGUUUCCACGAGGCAUUGUUGCACGACCUAAUGCACAGUGGAGUCCAGAGUAUCAUCAUUUGUCCAGGAGCAAUUCGUGACACCUGCCUCUUCGACUACGACUUUUCUCUCCCAGACGAUCCACGCGGCUUUAAAGAGAGUUUGAGUAUGUAG